ACUAGCACUUUCAAAAUUCCCCCUUCAAGGCCACAACAAGAAAGAAUGUGCCAACUUCCAUCGUCGUCUCCUGUCUCUCCCAAGGCCAAAUGUUCUUCAAAUCAUCAUCCUUUCCUCCACUCUAUCAAAGACUCCAUGGAGCCUAACAUGUCUGCUUCGCUGAUCGAGAAAAGCCCACAACAAGUAUACCCUAAACCACAGAAGAGCCACCUUUCCCUUGCUAUACUAGAAGCCAUUUCCAUUGCUAAAAUAGCUUUGCCCAUGAUAUUAACUAGCCUUUUGCUUUACUCUCGAUCAAUGAUCUCCAUGGUUUUCCUCGGUCGGCUCGGUGAACUUGCCUUAGCUGGUGGUUCACUUGCAGUUGGCUUUGCAAACAUUACUGGUUACUCUAUUCUUUCUGGUCUUGCUAUGGGAAUGGAACCCAUUUGUGGCCAAGCUUUUGGAGCCAAAAAACACACCCUUCUCGGCCUCACCUUGCAAAGAACUGUACUUUUGCUUAUAUUAACUUCACUGCCCAUAUCACUUCUAUGGCUAAACAUGAAGCGGAUUCUACUCUUUUGUGGCCAAGAUGUUGAUAUAGCCACAGAAGCUCAAGCAUAUCUUCUUUAUUCUAUCCCUGAUCUCUUAGCUCAGUCUCUUUUGCACCCUUUAAGAACAUACCUUAGAACUCAAUCAAUAAAUUUACCUCUAACGUUUUGUGCUACAAUAGCAAUUCUUUUACACAUCCCCAUAAAUUACCUUCUUGUUGUUCACCUUAAAUUAGGCAUCAAAGGCGUUGCUCUUAGUGGGAUAUGGACAAAUUUCAACCUUGUAGGCGCUUUAAUCAUCUAUAUACUUAUCUCCGGUGUCCAUAAGAAAACAUGGGGAGGAUUUUCCAUGGAUUGCUUCAGAGAAUGGAAAUCUCUCUUGAAUUUAGCCAUCCCCAGCUGCAUUUCAGUGUGCCUUGAAUGGUGGUGGUAUGAGAUCAUGAUUUUACUAUGUGGCCUAUUGCUAAAUCCAAAAGCAACAGUUGCUUCCAUGGGGAUUCUGAUACAAACCACAUCACUAAUCUACAUCUUCCCAUCAUCUCUAAGCUUCAGUGUAUCAACAAGAGUUGGCAACGAAUUAGGUGCAAACCAGCCAUCCAAAGCACGAUUAGCCGCAAUCGUUGGCCUUUGCGGCAGCUUCAUGCUCGGCUUUUCAGCCCUAGUUUUUGCCGUAACAGUGAGGAACAUCUGGGCUAGCAUGUUCACUCAAGAUAAACAGAUCAUCGCAUUAACAAAACUUGUUUUGCCCAUAAUUGGCCUCUGCGAACUGGGAAACUGCCCACAAACGACAGGUUGUGGGGUUUUAAGAGGAACAGCUCGGCCGAAAGUUGGAGCAAACAUAAACUUGGGCUGUUUUUACCUUGUUGGAACCCCGGUGGCAGUGUGGUUAGCAUUUUUUGCAGGGUUCGAUUUUGAGGGGCUAUGGUUAGGUCUAUUGUUUGCACAGGGCUCAUGUGUGGUGACCAUGUUGAUGGUUUUGACUAGAACCGACUGGGAUUAUGAGGCACAAAGAGCCAAAGAGCUGACCGGAGCUGUGAUGGUUGAUGACAGCAAGGAGGUUGAAGAACAGAAGCCAACCAAAACUGAAAACAAGGAAGAUUCUUUACAUUUGUUUGGUGAUUUAGAUGAAUCCAAUCAUGAUUGCCCUGUUUAAUUUUUUUCCCCCUUUGUAUAGGUUAAAAAAUUGCAUACCUUAUUAGAUUCAUACACAACAAAAAGAAGCAGAGGAUUUUUGUGUCAUAGUCUAAAAUGUCUUGAUUUGUAUGACCAAGAGGCAGUGGAACAUUUUAUUAGCAUGUGUAUUUAGUUUGAGUAUCUCAUUCAGUAUA